AUACGCAUGCGCAGUAGUGCGCGAGCGCUGCCCCUAGAGGCAGCGUAGAACUACACUUCCCGACGCUCCUAAGCAACGGAAGUGACGUCAGGAGCAGGCGCGUUCGCGUGUUGGGGGGAAAAUGGCAGAAUACUUAGCUUCGAUAUUCGGGACUGAGAAGGACAAGGUUAACUGCUCUUUUUACUUUAAGAUUGGGGCCUGCCGGCACGGAGACCGGUGCUCCCGACUUCACAACAAACCGACUUUCAGCCAGACCAUAGUGCUGCUCAACCUGUACCGGAAUCCACAGAAUACGGCCCAAACCGCCGAUGGAUCACAUUGUCACGUGAGCGACGUGGAGGUGCAGGAACACUAUGAUAACUUCUUUGAGGAAGUGUUCACAGAACUGCAAGAGAAGUAUGGCGAGAUUGAAGAGAUGAAUGUGUGUGACAACCUCGGGGACCACCUCGUUGGCAAUGUCUAUGUUAAGUUCCGGCGAGAGGAGGAUGCAGAGCGGGCUGUGGCUGAACUCAAUAACCGCUGGUUCAACGGACAGGCUGUGCACGCUGAGCUGUCUCCUGUCACUGACUUCCGGGAGUCAUGCUGCCGGCAGUAUGAGAUGGGGGAGUGCACGAGAGGUGGCUUCUGUAACUUUAUGCACCUGCGACCAAUAUCCAGGAAUCUCCGUCGGCAGCUCUAUGGACGGGGACCCAGACACAGGGCCUGUGGUUUCCUUCCACCCCCACAUCUAAGAAAAAGAACAGUUCCUUUGCGCUUCAACCACAGGCUCCACAGAGCCACUUGGAACCAGCUGCGAAGGAGGCUUGGGGUCCAGGUCUGUACUGAUCAAGUUUUCCUUAAGCAUCAUGAGGCCUUGUGGGUCAGGAGUUGGGCAGGAAGUAGACCAGCUCCAAAGAGGCCUUGGAAUUCUGCACUCCCACAUCCACUACUUCCCUCUGCCUCGGCUCUCUUGGAAAGUGUUGGAGUCGUGUUGAAGUCCUGUGGUCACAGCCUUCAGGCUGCAGGCUCCACCCAGAUGAGGCCCAGAUGCCCCCUCCUGAAGGCGGCAGCAGUGGCACUGUUUCUGACCCAGGCUGCAUCACUCAAAGUCUCUCAGUACUGCGGCCGCGUGGAGUACUGGAACCCUGACAACAGGUGCUGUGGCAGCUGCCUGCAGCGCUUCGGGCCUCCUCCCUGCCCCGACUACGAGUUUCUGGAAAACUGCGGGCUCAAUGACUUCGGCGACACUGUAGCACACCCAUUCAAAAAGUGUUCUCCUGGCUAUUGCAACCCCAAUGGCACAGAGUUAUGUAGCCAGUGUGGCAGUGGAGCCACAGCACCCCCUCGCACAGAGAUCCACGUUAGAACCCCAAAACACUGUAGAAAGAAGCCAGUCCCUCCCAAGGAUGUCUAUCCCCUGGCAACUGAAGCUGGAGUCUCUAGCUCACCAGGGAGUUCCAGUGUCUGGAAGACAACCAAGAAUGAGGUCUCCAUGCCAAGCUUUGUCCUGCCCUUGGUGCUGACCCUGUUCUUGGUGCUGUUCCUGAUCUUGGCAGUGGUUUUAUCCUCUUUGUUGAAGAGAAAAGCCCAUUCCCAUCCCCAUCCUGGCUUGGCUUUUGGAGACCCAAAUGCUUCCACACACACACCUUUCCCAGACACCCUGGAGGUAUUGGGCAACACAGGCAAGGCACCUCUGCUGCGACUCUCAAGCAGAGAACUCCAUGGCCUGGCCUCACAGCCCGUCUCUCUCUUGGAUGAACUGGAGGUUCUAGAGGAGCUGAUUAUGCUGCUGGAUCCAGAGCCAGGGCCUAGUGGGAGCAUGGCCUAUGGUACCACCCGACACCUGGCUGCAAGAUACGGGCUGCCUGCCACCUGGUCCACCUUUGCCUACUCACUGCGGCCCAGUCGCUCACCCUUGCGGGCCCUAAUUGAAAUGGUGGUGGCAAGGGAGCCAUCUGCCACUCUAGGCCAGCUUGGCACACACCUGGUCCAAUUAGGGCGAGCAGAUGCCCUACAGUUGUUAGCCAAGCUUGGCUGAGCCAGGGUUUGCUGGGACUUACUAAUAAAGCUUCCUUUGAAGCAAAUGCCUGCAACCUAUGGUCGUUAAA